AUGAAUCGUCAAUCUCACUGUUAUCCCAGAAUCGGCCGGCGACUGAUACCGUGGAAUCAGACCGGCCCCAGAAUCGACUUACAGGAGACCUCGCACCUCCCCGGGUCAGCAACGCAUACGAUAGAUGUAAGGUGUUGGUCUUGGGCCGAUGAUAUAUCUCGGUUCUAUAUUAGCUAUAAUCUAACAUGUUGA